CUGUCAUCGACUGAGAAAGGAUGAUUGUGACGGCGUUUGUGGAGCAGGAUGAUGGGUCGCUGAAGAAAGUCUCGUAUAUCUUUCUCCUUGACAAGAAGGAUUUUGCGUCGAACAAGACUGGACGACUCGGCAAGAAAGUCGGGUUGGAGGGCGAUGGGGCGUGGGAUGGGGUGCAUGUGUAUCUGUUGGAUCCGCCUGGCAACGUUGUGGCGCAUGUAGUCGAAGACAGCGAGACCCCGGCCGGGCUGGGGAUGGUCAAGACGACACUGAUGCUGAUCACCAAACGGACGCUGCAUGUCGGGGAUGCCAAAGAUGCGCCGUCCCGAGAGGGCAAAGCGACGGCGUGUACUGUGGAUAGGCCGGGAGAGAGUGGCGGCGCGAAGGCUGACACAGAUGGAGGCGCGGACGCGCUGCUGGAUAUGAUUGACGAUGCGUUUGGCGACGACGACGAUGUUGCGCCGCCGCCGCCGGCAGAGGAGCCGCCGGCAGACGGAGACGCGGACGCGCUGCUGGGUAUGAUUGACGAUGCGUUUGGCGACGACGACGAUGUUUCGCCGCCGCCGCCGGCAGAGGAGCCGCCGGCAGACGGAGACGCGGACGCGCUGCUGGGUAUGAUUGACGAUGCGUUUGGCGACGACGACGAUGUUGCGCCGCCGCCGCCGGCAGAGGAGCCGCCGGCAGACGGAGACGCGAACGCGCUGCUGGCGACACUGGCAACGACGACCGCGACCGAUGGUGGCGGAGUCGCUGUGACUGAGCUCGAGGCUGCUGUGGCCAAGGCCAAGGCUGAUGCUGAGGCUGAGCUGGAGGCUGCUGUGGCCAAGGCCAAGGCUGAUGCUGAGGCCGAGUUGGCCAAGGCCAAGGCUGAUGCUGAGGCUGAGCUGGAUGCUGCUGUGGCCAAGGCCAAGGCUGAUGCUGAGGCUGAGCUGGAGGCUGCUGUGGCCAAGACAAUCACGCAAGCAGAUGUGGAUGCUGCUGUGGCCAAGGCCAAGGCUGAUGCUGAGGCCGAGUUGGAGGCGGCUGUGGCCAAGGCCAAGGCUGAUGCCGAGGCGGAGCUCGAAGAUGCUGUGGCCAAGGCGAAGGAAGAGGCAGCGGGCGAAGUUGCUGCUGAAACCGCGUCGGCAAUCACGCAAGCAGAUGUGGAUGCUGCUGUGGCCAAGGCCAAGGCUGAGGCCAAGGCUGAUGCUGAGGCCGAUUUGGCCAAGGCCAAGGCUGAUGCCGAGGCGGAGCUCGAAGCUGCUGUGGCCAAGGCGAAGGAAGAGGCAGCGGGCGAAGCUACUGCUGAAGCUGCGUCGGCAAUCACGCAAGCAGAUGUGGAUGCUGCUGUGGCCAAGGCCAAGGCUGAUGCUGAGGCCGAGUUGGAGGCUGCCGUCGCCGCAGCCCGCAAGGAAGCUACUGCAAAGGCCGCGGCCAACGCCACGCCUGUUAUCACACAGGCGGACCUCGACGCUGCUGUCGCCGCAGCCCGCGAGGAAGCCGUCACCUCGCUUGCUGCCGCCCAAGGUAUGCCGGAUACCACAUCGGAUCGCAUUGACGAGCUCGAGCGCACCGUCGCCGCUGCCGCAGAUACCAUCGCCCGCCUCGAGGCCGAGCUCUUAACUGCCCGCGCUGACUCGGAGCUCGCUUCCGUGGCUUUAACAGCCGCGCCGGCAUCACCCGAUCCCACCAAACGGCUACCUAGCCCCACACCAAUCGCAGUUUCAGCCGAUGACGUUCUGGUCUCCAUUGUGGAUGAUCUCGUUGCCGAGUCGGCCGCCGUGCUGGCUCUCGACGCCGCCGUUCUCGCCUUCUCGGAAGCGUAUGAGAGCAAGGCGAAGAAGCUGAAGAAGCUGAAGAAGAUGUCUGCCGCUGCUGCCGAGACACCACCACUCGCUGCUGGAGGCUCUGCCUCUACAGCGACCACCGCCGCCGCCACGCCUUUCUCAGCUGCUAUUCAAUCGUCGGCGUCGCACCACAAGUCGCUCGCUGCUGCAUCGACAUCGCUGCUUCAGGCGAUUGAAGACGGCAUCCGGACAGAGUCGCUACACGAGGUCGAUCAACCAGGUCUGGCCAGCUCGAGCUCGAUUACUGAGCUCCGUCUUGGCACCACCCGGCGCGCUCGCUCUCGUUCCGAUCUGCCGCCGCCACACGAGACCGCCGCGUCGGCACGUCUUAUUGUCUCGGCCGACUCGGGCGCGACCCGCCUUGUCCGCGGUGACUUUGUGCCGGACGCUUCGCUGGUCACUUUUGUCACCUCGGACUCGGUCGAGCUGUACGUUCCACUGCCGCUUGCCAUGAAGGCUGGCCUCGUCAAGUCCGAGUACCGCCGGCGCCGUGCCAAACUCGGCCCCGGCAUUCCGGUCGAGCUUCCAGUCUUUGACCUCGCCCGCGUCCCAGCCUCGCUCUUCAAGGGCGUCGUCCGCUAUCUCGCCAACCCCCGGGCGUCGACCAAGCGGGGGCUCAAACUCCUUGUCGAGAUGGAUCCCUGGGCCGGCUUGCACGCCGCCAACGACCUGCGCAUAUUCUCGCUCUUUGCCCACACCGCCGCCUACCUUUGGCACCACUAUGAUCCUGACGCUGUCCUCGACUUUCUUCUCUCGUCGUACAUGAUGGAUCUCCGCGUCGAGACCUGGUUCACGCUGGAGGCCAAGCUACCCAACACGCUCAAGCCCGAGGGAGACUCGGUCUUUGACGUCCUCUGGUUCCUCCGCUCCUUCCGCGAACUCCAUGUUCGCAUGCCGUUUGCACGCAAGCGGGGCUCUUGGCGCAAGUACUACGUCGACCAUACCCCCCGCGCAUAA